GCUGACUCGCCUCCCGGCCGCCGCGCCAUGGAUGCCCCGCGGGCAGUGGUCAACUUUGGGCCCGGGCCUGCCAAGCUGCCGCACUCUGUGCUGUUGGAGAUACAAAAAGAGUUACUAGACUACAAAGGAAUUGGGAUUAGUGUUCUCGAAAUGAGCCACAGGUCAGCUGAUUUCUCAAAGAUUAUCACCACCACGGAGAAUCUUGUGCGGGAAUUAUUGGCUGUUCCCGACAACUACAAGGUGAUUUUUGUGCAAGGAGGUGGGUCUGGGCAGUUCAGUGCUGUCCCUUUAAACCUCAUUGGCCUGAAAGCAGCAAGAUGUGCUGACUACGUGGUGACGGGAGCUUGGUCAGCUAAGGCUGCAGAAGAAGCCAAGAAGUUUGGGACCGCUAAUAUGGUCUACCCCAAACUUGGAAGUUAUACAAAAAUUCCAGAUCCAAGCACCUGGAGCCUCAACCCGGAUGCCUCCUACGUGUAUUACUGUGCAAACGAGACUGUGCAUGGAGUGGAGUUCGAUUUUGUGCCUGAUGUCAAAGGAGCAGUGCUGGUUUGCGACAUGUCCUCCAACUUCCUGUCCAGGCCUGUGGACGUUUCCAAGUUUGGCGUGAUCUUUGCUGGGGCUCAGAAGAACGUGGGCUCGGCUGGGGUCACGGUGGUGAUCGUCCGCGAUGACCUGCUUGGGUACGCGCUCCGAGAAUGCCCCUCCAUUCUGGAAUACAAAGUGCAAGCCGCAAGCAACUCCUUAUACAACACACCGCCGUGCUUCAGCAUCUAUGUCAUGGGCCUGGUCCUGGAGUGGAUUAAGAACAACGGUGGUGCAGCAGCCAUGGAGAAGCUGAGCUCCAUCAAAUCUCAAAUGAUCUAUGACAUCAUUGAUAACUCCCAAGGAUUCUACGUGUGUCCAGUGGAACCCCAGAAUAGAAGCAAGAUGAAUAUUCCGUUCCGCAUUGGCAGCACCAAAGGGGAUGAUGCUCUGGAGAAAAGGUUUCUCGAUAAAGCUCUGGAGCAAAACAUGAUGUCCUUGAAAGGGCACAGGUCCGUAGGAGGCAUCCGCGCUUCUCUGUACAAUGCUGUCACUGUGGAAGACGUUCAGAAGUUGGCAGCCUUCAUGAAAAACUUUUUGGAGAUGCAUCAGCUAUGA